AUGGAUAAUGUCUCUCAAGUAUCAUCAUUUUUUCUUUCAAGUGUAAAUGUAACCAAGAACCAUCAAGUUGCUCUCUUCUCUCUCACUUUACUGUCUUACUGUUUUGUUGUGCUGGUAAAUGUUGCUCUUAUUGUGACCAUCAUCUUGGAUAAGAACAUGCAUGAACCAAUGUAUAUUCUAUUAUGCACUUUUUGCAUGAAUGGACUUUAUGGGACAACAGGUUUCUACCCAAAGGUUCUCUGGGAUCUGCUGUCUCCCGUUUAUGUAAUCUCUUAUUCUGGAUGCCUUGUUCAGGCUUUUGUAAUAGCCUCAUUUGUCUGCAGUGAUCUGUCCAUUCUUGCAGUCAUGGCAUAUGACAGAUAUGUGGCUAUAUGUCGACCCCUAGAGUACCACUCUAUCAUGUCAAAAGAAAGAGUGUUAUUGUUAGUAUGUUUCUCCUGGAUAACACCUUUCUGCAUGUCUGCAAUAAAUAUUGUUCUUACAUCUAGAUUAAAGCUAUGCAGCCAAUAUAUUGCCAGACUUUAUUGUUUGAAUUGGAUUAUUGUUAAACUUGCUUGUUUCCCAGCUGAACGUAUUGCUAACAACAUAUUUUCAAACAUCACAAUAAUAAUUUACGUAUUUCAUGUUUUUUUUAUAAUUUGGUCCUACGUGUAUGUCAUCAAAACUUGUGUGAAUUCUUUAGAAAAUAGGGCAAAGUUUAUGCAAACAUGUGUGCCACAUUUGACCUCCUUACUCAUUUUUCUUGUGACUAUAUUUUUUGAUAUUUGUAAUAUGAGAUUUGGUUCAAAUCUCUCUCCAACCAUUCAAAAUGUUUUAGCAAUAGAACUUCUCAUCAUACCUCCCAUUAUGAAUCCUCUCGUUUAUGGUUUUAAAUUGACCAAAAUUAGGAACAGAAUUCUAGGUGGUAUUACUUGUAAAAUCAAAUGCAUUUGUCCUGUGUGA